CAACCGCUAGAUGCAGCACAACAGCAACAACCACCUCCUCAAAAUACUGCUCCUGUGCCAUAUGUGAAUUCCGCACCCCAGCAACAACAACAACAACUACAUAUGCAACAGUAUCCAAUGACUCAUCAAGGCGGAUACCAACUGCAACAUCCUGUGAACGGUACUGAAACAACAGCUCCUGCUCAACAGGAGAUUGCAGAGCAGCCUCUCAUCUCCUUUGAUUGA